AUGGCCCUUUAUGGAUCACCACUGUGGGCUGAGGCCGCAGCGGGAGCGGGCGCGCGGAGUAAAUUUAAUCUGCUUCGCGCGGCCCAGAAAAAGAUGGCCCUCCGCGUUGCGCGCGGCUUCAGAGACGAGGCCACAGAGACGGCGGGCGUGCUGGCGGGGAUUUCUCCCCUUGCCCUCUUAGCUCGGGACUACUCGGCAAGGUACUCUCUCCGAGUCGAGCUGCUUAAGGAGGACAUGGAGGGCGAUGCCCUCGGGGAAGCCAUUGCCGAGUCGAAGCGUCAGGCCCGGCAACAGCUCCUCCAACGGUGGAAGGAGUCUCUGAGUGUCCCGCGAGCGGAAGCUCAGAAAGUUAUCCGGGUUGUCCAACCCCACCUUCAAGUGUGGUUGGAAAAGGAGGUCAAGCGUCUCACCUACCGUGUAACGCAGGUGCUUACCGGGCAUGGGUGCUUUGGUGAGUACUUGUGUCAGAUAGGUAAAGAGCCGACGACUCAGUGCCAUGAGUGCAAAGCGGCCAACGACUCAACGGGCCACACUGUGGAAAAAUGUCCAAAGUGGUCCGGUGAGCGUCAAGAGUUGGCCGCCGAGAUAGGGCAGGACCUCUCCCAGGAGGGCCUGAUGAAGGCUCUUGCCUCCAGGGAUGAGGAAGAGUGA